AUGUCGCCCGGGCUAAAUCCCAGCGCGCUGAUAGCCGAAGAUCAUUACGAUAGCUGUGCCGUCUGUGGCGACCAAUCGGAUGGCCAUCAUUAUGGCGUUCGUUCAUGCCGAGGUUGUAACGCAUUCUUCCGACGCGCCAUAACGUACAACAUGCAAUUCAUUUGCCGACGAGGAGGAAAAUGCCCGGUGGAUAAAAAUGCCCGUUGUGCUUGCCGCGCGUGCCGUCUGGAGAAAUGUAAAAGCGUGGGCAUGGACGCGCGUGCUGUCCAGCCAAAACGUGAGGGCAACAGUCUUCCCGUCAAGGAUCCUUAUGAGGACCUGAUCUUGCCGGAUGUCCCGCCAGCGCCACCAGAAAAAGCUUCUCGUCUGGUUCAACGUGUCUUCAAAUAUGCUGAGCAAAAGAAGCGUCGACAGGCCAUUAUGUGCACUACUCUCGAACAAGUAUUGGCUCCGGAGACCAACGUGCUGAAAGGUAUUGCCAGCCCAGAAGAUCUCUCGAACGUUUUCCGCGCCCAAAUCGUCCUAUGUUUUGAAUGGGCAUCCACCUACCCAGAGUUCAAACAGUUUAAUAAGGGCGAUAAGAUCGGAAUCCUACAAAGCCAUAUUUUGGAAUAUAUCCUGCUUGACGACAUCUUCCACACACUACAACUCGGUUUCCGUGAUAGGAUCGUCUUAGUCAACAAUGCUUAUUUGGCUCCAGGCAAUUUCUACACAGGUGCCGAUGCGGAGAAAUAUCCACGUGAAGUCAUCGAAGCACUUGGUGGUCCCUGGGUAAGCCGGCUAAUCGAUCGCUGUUUGAUCCCCUGGAGCGAGAUGCGUGUUUCCGAUGUGGAGAUGCUAGUCACAAGGCAAUAUACGUUCUUCGAACAUUUUGGGCGUCUCACCAACCCAGAAACGUUGAAGAUUUGUGAAAAGGCAAUGGACACAACGGUUCAAGAGUACAUUGACUACUACACUAACGAGUGCGGUGGAAAGGAGCAGGAUGGGCUACGCCGAUUGGGAAUGAUUUUCGAUUGCUUGGCCGGAAUUCAUGAUAGCCUUCUGCCGUUUUUUGAGAUGAUUCGAAAAAUACCAAACUUCGGACUGCUCGAUCGCUGGGAGCGUCACCUCAAUGAACGGAUUUUUAUUCUCUCU